CCUGUUACUAAGAGUUGUUUGAUAAACUUAUUUCUUAAAAAAAUAAUUCAAUUGUAUCACGCCUCUAUACUCCUGCAUUCUUUUCUGGGGCGCAGGUUUUUUUUUUUUUGAUUAUUUAUUAUAGUAGUUUUAGAACAUGCAGCAGAAGAGACAGACGGAAUCCAACUAUUUUUGGGAGGGUAGGUCUUUGACAUCAUGGGUGGCAUUUGACGCAGACACAUAUCAUCAGCCUUGGGCUAAGCCUAGAUUCUGCACAUAACUUCCUCAAUUUGAUCACAUGAAUUGCUGAGCGACCAUCUGGUGGAGAGACAGAGAAGCAUACAGGGUCUGCAGUUAUUUGUUCAAUUUCCACAAUCAAAAUAAACUUUCAUUUUCCAUUUUUUUCUUAUUUUUAUUUUUUAAAUACCUCACAAACAGUCAGUUUUUAUGUAUAGUCUAGCAAACUUAUAAUGUAUCUGCUUAGUCAAAAAUGUUAUCCUUCCAUGUUCCCACAGGUUCUCACUCGCUGAUGGUUUUUGCCACAUACAUUGCUGGACAGACACAGUUUCCUGAGUUCACUCUUGUGCUGAUGUUAGAUGAUGUGCAAGUGAUGUACUAUGACUCAAUAUCAUUGAAAGCUGUCCAACGCAGUCAGAGUAAUUCAGGCGAUUACAAUGGUUUACAUAUUUAUCAGAAACGAGUUGGAUGUGAAGUGCUUGACAAUGAUCAGCCAGGCUUGUUUCUUUCAUUGGAUGCUUUCAAUGGACAAAAUACCGAAGAGUUCACCUUUGAUGUGAUAAAAAGAACUAUGCAAAUUAAUUUACCAUGGAUGAGAAUAACAGGCAUGGGUCAGAUGGAAUGGCUUAAUGCAAAGUUCCUGUAUGAACAUGUUUAUCAUCCUGUUUGCAUGAAGGCUUUGCGCACAUUCCUGGAAAAAGAAAAGACCACUGUGAUGCGAAAACUGAAACCCAAAGUCAGACUCUUUAGGAAGCCUCUUACAGCCUCUCAAGAGCUUCAGAUCAGCUGUCUGGCCACUGGUUUUUACCCCCGUCACAUUAACCUGACCCUGUUCAGAGACGGUCAGCCUGUGGAUGAUGAUCAGAUCACAGGAGGAGAGAUUCUGCCCAACGGAGACGGGACUUACCAGAUGAGGAAGAGUUUGGUGAUCAGUGAAGAAGAGCUACGUGAGGAACAUAAAUACAACUGCACCAUGAAGCACCUCAGUCUGGACAACAAACUGGACAUUGCGUUUGAUGAGGAUCUGGAAAAAUCUGACUUUGGAUCUUCUGCUCUGUCUAUAAUUAUCAGCGUGCUGGUGUUCAUGUGUGUGGCUGUUCUCAUCGUAAUUGCACUCAUCAGAUGGAGGAAGAGAUGUGCUGCUGAAACAGGCUCCAGUACUUCACAUCAAAGUGGAUAUUCACCUACUUCAACUUCAGAACAAGAAACAACAUGAAAAAUGAGUCCAUUUAUGGCCCUGAAACACAAUCUUCCUGCUAUUACAGAUUCAGACAGGCCUUGCAAGUUGGUUAUGCCAUGACAGCAACCACCUGAACACCACCUGUAUCUCAAGAUUUAAUUACAGUUCCAGAGAAUGUAAUAUAUAGUA